UAGAGAAGUAGUAAACAGAUGAGAAAGACCGGCAUGUUAUGAAAAGCUCAAAGAAUUUCACCGUUUUAUGCUAAGAAUUGAAUGACAGUUGUAUAAAAAAGCAAUGGAAGACGAACACGAAUCUGGAAAUUGGUCCCCUACAUCAGAGGAUCUGCUAGAAUCUCACUAUCCUUUGCACAGAGCUUGUCGCGACGGUGACCUCGACGCUAUGUCUUUGUUGUUGUCAAAUGGACCAGACUUUUACCAGGAGGAUGGUUUAUAUGGUUGGACCCCUAUUCAUUGGGCAGCAAAUUUCGGAAAGCUGGCUUGUUUAAGAAAAUUGGUGAUAGAAAGAAGUGUUGGUUUGGAUACAAUAACCUCUAAGUUUUCUCAAACAGCUUUACACUUUGCUGCACAGUCCAACCAGCCUCACUGUGUUCAGUGGCUUGUGCAAUCAGGGGCUAACUUACUUAUACAGGACUACAUGGGAGAAACAGCCUUACAUAAAGCAGCCAGAACAGGCAAUAUGGAAUGUGUCAGUUUACUUAUAUCACAGGGAACUAAAGUGUCAAUUAAAAAUCACAAUGGGCAGACACCCAGUCAGUUAGCUGCUGCUUGUGGGUACCAGGAGUGUGCAGCAUACAUAGAGAGAGCCUCACAGACCGAGCAUGCUCAGGGAGUGUAUGGUCUCCCCACUAGUAAUCCGUCCAAUGGUCUCACACAAAAUAGUCAGGUUGUUCCCAAUGGCAAUGAAAUGGAAUUAGAUGAUGACAUGGAAACUGACCUUUCUGUUUUACCUGAAGGUCACCGGGUCAAUCCACUGGCAGGAACAAAGAGGAGUCGUGAUGACUGUGAUGAGGAGGAGUGUAAAAAGUCUCGUCGUGAUGAACCAGAACAUUGGAAUAACCAAAAUGGUUUACUUCAAAACACUAAUGGCUUUAGUCACCAUGGCAACUAUCAAAAUGGCUUCAUAAAAAAUCAAAUGAAUGGAUAUAAUAACCACAUCAAUGGAACGAUUCCUAGCGAAAUAAAUCAGCACUGCAAUGGAAAAGUAAAUAAUGGUUUCUUACACUUUCCAAACUUAUUCAGUCAAAAUGGCAGCGUUAAAAAUCAAAAUGGCCUUCCACACAUGGAUGCAGCAAAUUUACCUGUGAACAACAAUAGUAUUUGUAUAUCAACCAGUACAGAGGAACACUACAGCAGUAUAACUCACCAACAGGGUUAUGACAGUCUCUUGGUGCAGUCAUUUGGGAACCAGUACGAUGGCUCCUAAGACAGGGAUACAGUGCAAUGACAAAUGGGAAUGUUAAAAGGCAGUUGCAAUGUCUGUGCAAAUUGUUCUAACUUGUCAUAAUCAUGCUUUGUUUUCUAUCAGACUGAUUUUAUAAUGUUACGUAUGUAUUGGAUUUUGAUAAAACUGUUAGCAUAGUUAUCCUGAUUAUUCAUGUAUAUAGAUUUGGUUAAAAGCAAAAGUCACAUUUAGAAGCCAUUUUAUUACUAGACCAUGUCAACAAUUACUGUUCUCAAUUUAUGAUUCAAUAUGCUAAAGAAAAUACAUUUUAUUCAUGGAUAACAGUCAUGACAAUAUCUGUUUGAGAACUACAUGUAUGAACUUUCUGUUGUAUAAGAAGUAAUGUUAUAAUGACAUAACAAUCUAGUUGUUAGCGUUUUAUAUUGUAUUUAUGAGUUAUUGUUAAGUUUUUGUUAGAUAUGAAUAAGAAAAUAUUAUGAUUAAGCCUUUUAUAAUCAGCUUUUAAUUUUUAACAGUCAUGGAGAACAAUCUUAUAAGUUUCUGAAUUUUUAUCUGUAAAUUUUUUGAAUUAUCUCCCUUUAAAAAAAUCCUAUACAUAAAGUCUUGGAAAGAGAGGUGCUUUGUCAUCUUUCUUUCAAAAGGCUAGCUGUAAACAAAGAAUGAUUUUUCAUUUUUUUUUGUU